ACACAGCUGAACGCUGAAUAGGUGUAGAUAGAGUUCUCAUUUUAUGAAGGACGCUAUAAUACCGUAGCUGCUUUCCGCGGAUUUGACAGUUUUAUAGCUCUGUUUUUUGAAUAUGUUUUGAACGCUUCCUUUUUACUGUUUCACAAACCCUGAAGACCUAUUCAAAUCAAGAUGAGAGAAAAAGGAUUCGCAGGACUUGCCCUGAUCAUGUGCUUUGCUUUAUUCAUUGAAAUGCGGCAUCAGGUACGUGGAGAUCUGAGCUACUCGAUCCCAGAAGAGAUGAAGCGAGGAUCUGUUGUGGGAAAUGUGGCCAAGGAUCUGGGUGUUGAUCUGAGGACCUUAGCCUCACGACAAGCCCGUGUUGAUUUUGCAGGAACUCGGAAGCGUUACUGUGAUAUUAAUAUGAAUACCGGGGACUUGAUUACGUCGGAAAGAAUAGACAGAGAAAUCCUUUGUGGCAAAAAACCCGUGUGUGCUUUGAAAGCCGAUUUGGUGUUAGAGAAUCCUUUAGAGCUUCACCGAAUUAGCCUUCAGAUACAAGAUGUGAACGACAAUUCACCGCAAUUCAAUGAAAAAUUAAUUGAAAUGGAAAUAGGAGAGUCCGCAGAAAUAGGCUACAGUUUUUCAAUCGAGGAGGCCCAUGACGCAGAUAUAGGUCAAAAUGCAGUGCAGCGCUACAUACUGCAAAAGAAUGACAAUUUCCUUCUUGCUGUAGAUGGCAACAAGGUUGAACUGAAAUUAGAUAAAAAACUUGAUAGAGAAAAACAAAAUGAAAAUAAUUUACUCCUAACAGCUUUAGAUGGCGGAUCUCCACAGAAAUCAGGUACUGUAAUUAUCCAUGUCACAGUGCUGGAUGCUAAUGAUAACGCUCCUUUGUUUACUCAGGCCAUUUAUAAAGCAAAUGUGCCUGAAAACUCACCACCGGACACAAUUGUAAUUACCGUCAGUGCAACUGAUGCAGAUGAAGGAGUUAAUGGAGACGUCACUUAUCAAUUUGGGCACGUGUCUGAGGAGGAUAUGAAUUUAUUUUCAAUUGAUCCCAAAACGGGAGAAAUAAAACUAUUGGGGGAAAUUGACUAUGAAGAAAGAAAUAAUUUUGAAAUCAAAGUGAAAGCUAAAGAUGGAUUAGGACUAAACUCUUAUGCUAAAGUGUUAUUGGAUGUUAAGGAUGUAAAUGAUAAUGCACCAGAAAUUUACCUGAAAUCUCUGUCCAACCCUAUACCUGAAAACAUAUCCCCUGGUACAGAAGUGGGGAUCAUUAAUGUUCAGGACAGAGAUUCUGAGAAAAAUGGACAGGUUCGCUGUUCCAUCCAGCAAAAUGUUCCAUUUAAGUUGGUUCCCUCUAUUAAAAACUAUUACAUUCUAGUGACCACAGCGCAACUGGACCGCGAAUUAUCAACUGACUACAAUAUUACAAUCACUGCCAUUGAUGAUGGCUCUCCACCUCUAUCCUCCUCUAAAACUGUUCAGUUAUCUGUAGCUGAUAUUAAUGACAACCCACCUGUAUUUCAGGAACAGUCCUACAGCGCAUAUAUUGCUGAAAAUAACAAACCUGGCUCCACUUUAUGCUCCGUUUCUGCUUAUGACCCAGACUGGAGACAAAACGGUACAGUGAUUUAUUCUCUGUUGCCUGCUGAGGUGAACGGUGCCUCAGUGUCCUCUUAUCUAUCUGUUAAUGGAGACACAGGGGUAAUCCAUGCUGUGAGGUCAUUUGAUUAUGAACAGUUCAGGAGUUUUAAAGUUUACGUCAUGGCCAGAGACAAUGGUUCUCCUCCACUCAGCAGCAACGUGACAGUCAGUGUGUUUAUAUCGGAUGUGAAUGACAACUCUCCUCAGAUUCUCUACCCCACCGUGGAGGGCAGUUCCUUCAUGACUGAGCUGGUUCCAAAAGCUGCACAUGGAGGCUCUCUAGUGUCCAAAGUCAUAGCAGUGGAUGCUGACUCCGGACAGAAUGCUUGGCUGUCCUAUCAUAUAGUCAAAGCCACUGAUCCUGGACUUUUCACCAUUGAUCUGCACAGUGGAGAGAUCAGGACACAGCGGGACAUUUUAGAAUCGGACAACAUGAAACAGAACCUGAUUGUUGCAGUGAAAGAUAACGGACAGCCCUCUCUGUCUGCCACCUGUUCCAUGUAUUUACUUAUUUCUGAUAACUUGGCUGAGGUGCCAGAACUGAAAGAUAUUUCUUAUGAUGAGAAGAACUCAAAACUGACUUCUUAUCUGGUCAUUGCGCUGGUUUCUGUGUCCACCUUCUUUCUGACCUUCAUCAUCAUCAUCCUUGGUGUGAGGUUUUGUCGCAGAAGAAAGCCCAGACUGUUGUUUGAUGGAGCAGUUGCCAUUCCUGGCCCUUAUCUUCCCCCAAACUACUCAGAUGUUGAUGGCACUGGAACUUUACGCAGCGCUUACAAUUAUGAUGCCUACCUGACAACAGGAUCUAGAACGAGUGACUUUAAGUUUGUAUCAUCCUACAAUGAUAACACGUUGCCUGCUGACCAGACUCUAAAGAAAAGCCCAUCUGACUUUGAGGAUAACCUAUUAACCUUGGAGACAUCCAAUAAGGUAAGGGCCUUGAAGGUUACUCAAACUGAUCCUUCUCCACAGAUUUCCGUCUUGUAA